AUGGAGGCAUGGGCGCAAUCUGAGCAUCAUAGAACUACAAUUCGUGCAAAUGCUUUCAUAGCUGCUGUCUUUGAAAACCUCGUUGGUCUGCAUUUCAGCACGAUCUCGAGACCCGGGCCGGUGCUUCAGCCUCCGACUCGAUAUUGCCUUAGGCACACUUGCGGCACAACUCGAAAGUCACUGUCAUCUAGUUUCCCAUCUCUGGGAACACGUCAUACAUUUGCCCUGGCUGCCUUCUUCUCCGACCUCGCCAACGACGCCACACCCCUCAAACUCGCGGUCGCUGUCGUUCUCACCUGCGCCUGGGUGUUCAUGGCCUGGUCUUCCCGCUUCGGCAACUGGGGCGGGCGGUUUAGUCCCUUUGGCCGUUCCGGCUCGGCCUCAAACUCGAAUACAGAAGUCUCCGAUGCUGACUUUAGCUACAUAACAUCGGAAGACCUAGCCUCGCAUUCUGGCCACCAUAGUCGGCACCCAUCUCGCACUGCCGAGCCGGAAAUCGUUGAAUGGGAUGACAAGAACCCAGAUCGAGCCACCGACGUCCUCUUGCUGAAGCAUAGGCGAGUCAGCUACCCUACUCAUUUCCCGGCACGUAGUAUUGGAAAUGGGGACUUGAAGAUAGGGACGGUCCGCUCAGCAGCAGCGAAGAAGCUUGGUGUUGCGGAUCCUGCGCGCGUACGGCUGUUCUAUCGUGGCAGGAACAUGAAAUACGACGAUCGGCCUGCGAGAGAAGAAGGACUGAGAGGCGAUGGACAAGGUUCUGAGAUCCUGUGCGUUGUCGGAGAGGUUGGACAGGGAGCAAUGGCGCCUGGAGCUGAAGAUGUGGAUGGGCCACGAGCGUGGAGUGUGGGUAGCGAUGAGGAGGAUACGGAGGAUGCGUCCGAGGACAUGAGCCAGGCUGGGAAUGACGGAAAGAAGAAGCGGAGAAACAGGGGAGGCAAGAAGAAGAAGGGACGAAAGUCCAACAACGCUGCGCCGGCUAGGUCGUCCAACCCGGACUUCCCCAGUCACACCCCCGCAAGAGCCGAAUUUCUCCCUAUACCCUCCUCCAUCCCGGCACCGCGUCCUACAUCUGCGCCCCCAGCCCCAGCGGCUACCAACGGCCCACAAACCGCACUCCAGAAGCUGGACACGAUUGCAAGCAACUUCCACACCACAAUUGUGCCAUUAUGCGUCUCCUUCUCAGCCAAUCCCCCAUCGGAGAAAAAGGAGCGCGAUUUCGAGCACAAGAAACUCACUGAGACCAUUCUGGCGCAAGUCCUAAUCAAGCUGGACUCAGUGGAGACUGGAGGAGAUGAGGAGGCGCGAGGGAGGAGGAAGGCUCUGGUGAAGGAAGCACAAGCGUUGAUGAGUCGGUUGGACGAGGUCGUAAGAUGA